AUGCUCGUCCGAUCGCCCCGCAGAUUUAUGAUUCUUUCCUUUGUCGCUUUUAUCUUCAUAUUCGCAGUUGUACAGAACAGUCCGUGGACACAAGAGCGUGUGUACGAACAGUUACCGCCGCUGUUCAAGUCGAGCAGCAGGGUCAAUCUGACGGAGAUUGUUGGAACGAGUGGAGAGAAGAUCCAUGCGCACAUUGAAGAUGCAUGGCAGUAUGCGAUUCCAGCGGGCAUCUCAGGUGCGGGUGCGAAAGACGGUGGCAAGGAAGAGGUGACAUCAGUCGCAUCUGUUGAGGCCACGGAGCCCACGAAAACGCUGGUUGUGCCUGUCAACAAUGGAAAACCGACUGGCUCGUAUCCUCCGUGGGUGACUGAUCCUGCGAGAACGACGCCUCCUGCACCGGCUUUCACGCGCCCAUCGAACAUGAAGGAGUACAUGAAGAAGAUGCUGAAGUGGAGCCGACCGUCUUGGGAUGGACACUGGCCGCCUUUCAACGACUACAUCGACAAGGCCUACGACCCGAACCGAUGGGAGCAGUUUGAAAUGGACUACCGCGUCUACGAAGCAGGCCACGACAAACUGAAAUACGAUGAUGCGGCCGAUCCAAUUGCAUACAAGCCUUUCCCGAAUUACAACAGCCCUGACUGGAAAAAGAGGUGGCAUGGCGAGCAUGUCGCUUGCGUAGGACCAAGAGCAUUGCCUCUGAACGAGAGUACGGACGAUGUAGUUCAGGCGUACCGCGGCGUUCCCAGGGAUUUCCCACCAGUCUACAUUGGUGGCUAUGACGUUGUAGGUCUGGAUGACAACGUCUGCUUCGACCGGUACUCGCGUUAUGGUCCGUAUGGUUAUGGUGACGAUGAAUUUCCCGAGAACGUUAGGCACUGGAAGGCGCCGGAGACGAUUCCUGAGUGGAGCGAGGUCAGAUGGGGAGAGUUGCAGAAUGAUUGCCUCGAGCGCAACAAGAACAGAUUCCGCCCCGGAGCGCGAUCCCCAACUGUGAAGGUCCCCAGCACUGUUCUGCCUGAACCCCAGGUAGCUUCCUCGGCUUUUGCGAUACCAACCGAUACGAGCAGGAGCAAUCUCGAGAACCGCGGAGCUCAGGAAAAAGAAGUCUUCCUAUACGUGCACGUCAAGGACCGCAAUCAGCGAAUCUUCGACGACCAAGAUUUGUACGACCAGAUUCUUGAGGAACACGUUCCAGCGGAACUCCGCGAUAUUGCUCUCCUUUGGUCCGAAUCCAUCUUCCCGCAGUGGUACCCCAAGGUUGGAGACUGGCAAGUUUACUGGCAGCAAUUCAUGUGCCUCCAAUUCUUCAGUAUUGCGCAUCCCGAAUUUGAUUACAUCUGGAACUGGGAGACGGACGCCCGAUACACCGGUCAUCACUACCAUUUCUUCGAGAAGAUCAGCGAGUUCGCGGACAAGCAGCCCAGGAAACUUCUCUGGGAGCGCAACAAGCGCUACUACAUGCCAAGCGUACAUGGCGAUUACCAGUCUUUUGUUGAGCAGACACACAAGGACGUGCUGAACGCAUCCGCAAAUUCGCUGAUCCCAGCACCGGUAUGGGGACCUCGACCCUUCGUGAAGGCGCAACCUCCGCAGCGGCCUCUAGGCCCCACACCACCUACGAGCUUCGAGGACGACGACUUCAAGUGGGGUGUCAAUGAACCCGCAGACUUCAUUACCUUACUUCCUAUGUGGGAUCCACGAAACACGACCUGGUCGUACAAGGACAAGAUCUGGAACUACCUGCCCAAUGUCCGACCCAUCUUCACUCCAGAGGAUGGGCACGCUGAUUCUUUCACACACCCUGGAUUUGUCGAUAUCGACCGCCGAGUGUUCAUCAACACUGUUGUACGAUUCAGCAAGCGUAUGCUCCAGGCAAUGCACGAGGAGAACAUAGUAGGAAGAAGUAUGCAAGCUGAGAUGUGGCCUUCAACAGUCGCACUCCAGCAUGGUCUCAAAGCCGUAUACGCGCCCCAUCCGAUCUUCAAUGACCGCCACUGGCCAGCUGCUUACAGCGAAGCAAUUUUCGAUGCCGCAUCAACCGUCGACGAAGAGACUGGUGACGCAGUCGAGAGGAGACAAGGCGCCUGGUGCGAAGAGGCAGAUUCGCCCUACAACCACGACCGAGAGUACAACAUGCAAGGCUGGAGUUGGUACUAUGCCAGCCGAUUCCCACGCAACUUGUACCGCCGAUGGCUCAAUUGGCCAAUCGUCCGACAAGAUUGGGGCCAAGAAGAGCAAAUCGACGGCGGUUCCGGGUUUGACGGCAAGCUACAAGAGGAGCGCAUGUGCAUGCCAGGCAUGUUAUUACAUCCCGUCAAGAGGAUGAGCAAGGAUCAAGCGAAACCUUGA